CCUGAGACUCAGAUAAUCACUUUUCACUUUCCAACAAGGGACAGGAAAGUCAUGGAUUCUGCAAUCUUAAAAUCUACUCAAAGUCUUUCUACUGCUGAGGAAAUGAGGAACCAAACCAAACUUAUAAUGCAGCCUUAUGCCAACUGGGAAGAGUAUCUGACUCCAGCACCUCUAUCCAUAGCCAUCCUGGGAGAGUUGGUAUUCAUCUCGUCCUCAACAGAUUUCUCUAUCAAUAAAAAUCCCCCAAAAGAUGGCUAUAAAUUCAUCAAAUACCCUGAUUCCUUUCGUGCUUGCCUCAUGCAAGUGUGUAACUCUGGCUGGUGGGCAUUUAAUGAAGCCCAUAAGAACAUGGAUCAGAUUCGCCUCUAUACUGCCCAAGUUCCAGAUUACAUGAAAACUGCUGUGAAGAUUCUGUUCCAAGGCAAUGAUGAAGUUGUUAAAGCUCAUCUUCCUGAUCAGUUGAAAAAUAUCCAAGACAUUGCAGAUGAAUGUCUUGAGUUGUCUAAUGCAGCUGAAAAACGUUUCACUGAUGUCAUCAAUAUCAUUCAAGAGCUGCUGGAAGCAUGUGUGAAUGCAGAGCACUUUUAUGGGGAAGAGUUGGAAGCAGUUAAGAAGAAGCUGGAAGAGAGCAAACUGAGGGAGCAGUCAGCUGAAGAGACCAAGAAAAGAACUAAGAAGGCAGUGAGUACCAUGGAGAAGGAACUAGAUCAGGCUCAUGAGAGCUACAAUGCAGCUCUCAAAUCUCUACCUGAUGGUUGGGAAAUGAUUGGCAUGGAUGUUGUGGGUGGGAUAUCACAGAGUGUUACAGUCCUGGUUAAUGGUCUGAUAAACUAUGCUACUCAGUCAUCAAUAAUGAUGCCUUUACCAGCAGCUGCUCUUGGAGACACUGCAAGCCACAUUAAAGUUCAGGAAAGGGCAAGAGAUGUGGUAAGGCAGGAAAUGGCAAGAUAUGAUAUGAGGCAGGAAAGGCCAAUAGAUGUGGUAGCUGAAAUAAACGCAUAUAGCAAGUCAGCUGAAAUUUUAAACUGUGCACAGACUAUCCAGCAAUUAAUGAAUGUGAAUAGUACAGUUGAUGACAUUGACUGGAUAAAUCUGUAUGAUCAGAAGAACAAAACUACAAAGACAGAUUUCAUAGCAAAACAGUUUGAAAGAAUCAACGAAACUUUAAAGAAAAUCUCUGACUGCCCGGCAAAGACAGAAGCUCAGAUGUUAUGCAAAGAUGGUAUAGAAAUAUGCAACCAGCUUGUAAAAUAUGCCGCAGAUGGCAAAUGUGACAAAAGCACUGACAUAAUAAACAAGGUCUUGGGUCUGGUCAAGUUAGCUCAUAGUUUUGAUAGCAAAAGCAAAGCCAUCACAAAUUCUCCAGGCAUUUUCCCAAAACCACCAAUGAUGCAUAAAGAAGAAAACAAAGUAGAUAGAGAAAGUAUCUUACAGAAGGCCACAGAGAAUGCACGAUUCUCUGUAGAGCAGACCCGAGCUCAGCUAAACAAGACAAGAGAAACUUAUGAAAAGUGUUUGGAGAACCUAGAGAAGAACCAGAAGGAACUAACUGAAAUCCUGGUCACUAUGAGAAAUUGUGAACUGAAAGAGAUCGACUUCAAUACUACCAUAAAGAUGCUGGUCAAAGGAAUGGAUGCCAUGGGGAGAGUGAAGGAACAAUGGGAGAAGAUGGUUCACUUCUUUCAGAUGGUUUCCAACAUUGUGAAAACCAGCCUGAGCAAAACUCUCACAAACUUUGUCUCAACAUCAGAGAAAACACAAGCCCUCUCCUACAAUGCAAAGCUCUUCUCAAAAGAUCUGCUGUACACUCAAGCCUUCCAAGCCAGUAACAUUGCUAGUCUGGUCCAUAUGAUCUCUGCAACGUACACAGAUGUUUCCAACAAGUACCUGAUGGACCGCGUCAGUUCACUGGGCAAACUAAUGGCCAUGGAUACAAGUAAGCCAGAAUUCAAGCAUGAGCGAAACCAGCUCCAGAACAGCUGUGAUGAGGCACAGAAAGGCAUCUUAAAGCUUGUCCUGAAGAAUAAAAAUGAGUAUGACAAGAAGAGCACCGCAAGACUAGAAAGGAUUGAUCGAGAAUUGCUUGCAAUUCUACCUGCUGCUCCUCCAGAAGAAAUCAAAAGCAUUCAAGAGGCUGUUCAAGCUGGAUUCAAUGAGGAAGAAAAAGAAGCAGAACAGUACUAUUAAAGGAAAUGUAUACCGAUGUGUGUUUUUUGGUUUUACAUUGUUAAGCACCAGAUGAUAGUAUAUAAUUCAGACUGAAGCUUUGUAGUCAUGAUAAAUCAUUUUAGACAAUUAGGUUAUUAAAGCUAUUUAAAAGAUUUAUCAUAUAAUAUGAUUUAACAUUCUGGGUAUAAAUAACUUUUUUGUAUUUCUCUUUAGAAAAUAUGUGACAAGAAAAAAGCUUCAUCUUUCUAAAGCAACAGCCAUUCCUGUCA